CCGCGCGCCGCCACCGCCAUGGCCGCGCCGCUGCUGGAGGACGAGCUGACCUGCUCCAUUUGCCUGGGGCUCUAUCUGGAGCCGGUGACGCUGGUCUGCGGCCAUAACUUCUGCGGGGCCUGCAUCCGGGACUGGGGGGACCGCUACGACAAGGCGUGCCCCGAGUGCCGGAAGCCCUUCCCCGACGGCGCCGAGCUGCGCCGCAACGUGGCGCUCAGCGCAGUGCUCAAGGCGAUGCGCGCCGGGCCCGCCCCGGCCGCCGGCCCCGACCCUGCCCGGGCCUCUGGCUCCGCCCCGGGCGCGCGCUGCCCCCGACAUGGGCGGCCGCUCGACCUCUUCUGUCGCACCGAGGGUCGCUGCAUAUGCAGCGCGUGCACCGUGAACGAGUGUCGCCUCCACGAGCGGGCGCUGCUGGACGCCGAGCGUCGGGAGCGCGAGGCCCAGCUGAGAGCCAUGCUGGAGGUCAGCCAGCAGCAGGCCACCCAGGCCGAGAGGCAGCUGAAGGAACUGCAGCAGCAGAGAAGCCAGAUCCAGAGCUCGGCCUGCAGCCUGGCCUCCGUGAUCUCUGGCAAGUUCAGCUGCCUGCUGCAGGCCCUAGAGAUGCGACGGGCCUUGGCACUGAAGGACAUCAAGGUGGCCGAGACCCAGGCGCUAGCACAAGCCCAGGAUGGAGAAGAGCGACUACAGGGCCACCUGGAGGCCCUGGCUAGUUACGACCGCGGGGUCCAGGACCUCCUGGAGCUGCUGGAUGACCGGACCUUCCUCCAGGAGUCACAGCUCCUGGUGCCCCCGGGGCCUCUUGGGCCUCUGACUCCUCCGCAGUGGGACGAAGAUCAGCAGCUGGCCGGCCUGAAGGAGUCACUGAGCCGGCUGUGUGACCUCCUCCUGGAUGAGGGGGGCCACCCCAGAGCACCAGCUGAGGCUGCUGAUUUGGGCCCCGUGGAGACCCCAGGUCCCCUGGCACCAGUCCCGAGUCCGGUUUGUCCACUGAGGAGGAAACUCUGGCAGAAUUAUCGCAAUCUGACCUUCGAUCCGGACAGCGCCAAUCGCCACCUCUACCUGUCUCGUCAGGACCAGCAGGUAAAGCACCGUCACAAGCCCCGGGACCUGGCCGGGCCAAGCAGCUUCGAGCUCUGGCAGGUGCGCUGUGCCCAGAGCUUCCAGAACGGGCGACACUACUGGGAGGUGCACGCAUCUAACCACUCGGUGACCCUGGGCGUCGCCUAUCCGGACCUGACGCGGCACAGGCAGGGGCCCCACACAGACAACAUCGGGCGUGGGCCAAGCUCCUGGGGGCUCUGUGUUCAGGAGGACAGGGCGCAGGCUUGGCACAACGGGGAGGCCCAGCUCCUCCCAAGGGUGUCGGGGCAGCUCCUGGGCAUGGACUUGGACCUGGCCUCUGGCUGCCUCACCUUCUACAGCCUGGAGCCCAAGGCCCAGCCCCUGCAUACCUUCCAUGCCAUCUUCACCCAGCCCCUCUACCCUGUCUUCUGGCUCCUGGAGGGUAGGACCCUGACCCUGUGCCAUCGGCCUGAGGCCAAGCUCCCUCCGGAGCUCCAGGAAGAGGCCUCAGAGCCCAGCUGAGGAAGGCACAGGAUGGAGCUCUAGGCCAGGGACAGCUGCCACCAUGCCUGUGUACCCAAAAGCUGCCCAGCCCCUAGCUUGGGGACCUGAGGCCACAGCUAUAAGGGGACCAGCUUUGGGCCAGAAGAUCGACUCAGAACUAGGCUGGGCCACUUGGAAAGAGAGAUUGGGAGGGAGCCCCGAAACCGGAGUUCACUCUUCCAGCAUCAUUGAAGGGCACGGGGACUAGGAAGGGACUAAACCGGGAGGACCCUGCCUGAGCAGAGCCUGCUUCUAGGCGCUGCCUGGGCAUCCGAGGUUGAUGCCGCCCCCGUGGGCUCCUGGUCCUGCAGGAGAGCGUGCGCGGUUCGGGCCUCGCCACACAGUGUGGCAAAUACACACUCCGCUGUCACGGGCCUCCCGUGAAGGUGACGGAGAUCAGAGGAAUUGGGGGGGGGGGGUUUGGGGGUGCCACAAAACACAAUUCCUAGAGAAAAGUGAUUUUUACCUCCUUCCUCCUUCUUUUUUUUUUUCUUAACAUUUUGGUAUAUCUUAGUUUCUUUUGUACAUACUUGUGGUUGCAUUUUAAAAACACUUAUGUUUUUUGCAUUUUUUAAUUUAGCAUAACCAUUUUUCACAGUAUUAAUAUUUUCCCCUGAAUGAUUACCAUAUAAACGGUCUCUCUAAUGACUACCAGAAUUUAUUUCCCUAAUACAGGUGUCCUCUGCCUUACAAAAGUUCAAGUUCUGCCACUUUGCUUUCAUAAAAGACCUACAUUAGCAUGGUUUCUGAUUUCUUUUGGUGAGUGCAGACAGGUGCUAAUGGAGGUCUUUGUAAAGCAAAGUGGCAGAACCUCAACUUUUGAAAGCCAGGGGUACUCUCUGCUUAUGAAAGAUUUCAUAAGGACGCUCUGCUUUUGGAUACUGCAGGGGAACCCGUAUCCAACUUUGAAAUUAUUUGAGGCUGUAAAAAUUUCACCCCGAUGCGUAUUUUUGAGCAGGAAACUUUGACCAUAUCCAUGGCUAUGUAUGUAGGCUGAAUUCCCAGUGGACUUGCUCAACAGAAAAAUAGUAAGGGGCACCUACCUGGGUGGCGCAGUCAGUUGAGCGUUUCUUGGUUUCUGCUCAGGUGGGGAUCUCAGGGUCGU